UCUCCUCUCCUCCCUCCCUCCCUCCUCUCUCCUCUCCUCCUCACCGCGCAGACCUCGACGCGCACAGGCACAACAGAUGGCACAGUACUACAGGCAGCAGGAGCGCACGAAUUGGGCGUAGAAGUACUUUUAUUUCUCCAAACUUCACAGGAACGUGUAGUAUAACAGCAGUGGGGGGGCUCUCCGAGGACCAACUCGACUUUGACAGUCACUGGAUCCGACGUUUAGAGGUGGAAAUUGUUGUCAAGGUCAGGACCGGCCAUGCCGUUUGGCUGUAUAACAAUCGGGGAAAAGAAGGAUUAUCACAAUCCUUCUGACGUGACGGAUAAAUAUGAUCUGGGUCAGAUCGUUAAAUCGGAGGAGUUCUGCGAGAUAUUCAGGGCCAAGGACAAAACCACAAUGAAAAUGUACACGUGUAAAAAGUUCCUGAAGAAGGACGGGAGGAAAGUCCGCAAAGCUGCCAAAAAUGAGAUCCUCAUCCUGAAGAUGGUGAAGCAUCCCAACAUUCUACAACUGGUGGACGUCUUCGAGACCAAAAAGGAAUACUUCCUCUUCCUUGAACUGGCAACAGGCAGAGAGGUGUUUGACUGGAUCCUGGAUCAAGGGUACUACUCAGAGCGAGACACCAGCAACGUGGUGCGCCAAGUCUUGGAGGCUGUCGCCUACCUCCACUCCCUGCACAUCGUUCACAGAAACCUCAAGCUGGAGAAUUUGGUUUACUACAACCGCCUGAAGCACUCUAAAAUAGUCAUCAGUGACUUCCAUCUCGCCAAGCUGGAGAACGGACUCAUCAAAGACCCCUGUGGGACACCGGAGUAUCUGGCUCCGGAGGUGGUGGGCAGGCAGCGAUAUGGCAGGCCGGUGGACUGCUGGGCCACAGGCGUCAUCAUGUACAUACUGCUGUCAGGAAACCCUCCUUUCUACGAUGAAACCGAUGACGACGAUUACGAAAACCACGACAAGAACCUGUUCAGAAAGAUCCUGGCGGGCGAUUACGAGUUCGACUCUCCUUACUGGGACGAGAUCUCUGAUUCAGCCAAGACUCUGGUUGCUCGUUUGAUGGAGGUGGAUCAAGACCAGAGACUGACAGCUCAGGAGGCUAUCAACCAUGAAUGGAUCUCCGGUGGUGCAGCUUCAGAUAAGAAUAUCAAAGAAAAUGUUUGUGCACAGAUAGAGAAGAAUUUUGCAAGAGCAAAAUGGAAGAAAGCCGUGCGGGUCACCACCAUCAUGAAGAGACUGAGAGCUCCUGAGCAGAGCGAAUCGAGGGCCAACAACCCGGCAGCUGGCGCCGGCGCCCCCGCGGACCCUGCAGCUCCCCAGGCGGCCGGUGACCCGGCCGCCCCUGCAUCUGCCGCUGCGCCCGAGGUCACUCCCGCCACCGCGGCAGAGCUCCCCGCCGGAGCCGAGACCGGCCGACCCACGCCGGAGGCCGAGGGGGCGGCGGCGGCGGCCCCGGCCGAAGAGCCGCAGCCACAGGCGAGUCCGGCGCCGCAAGCGGCCGAGCUCACGUCGCGGUGCAACGGGGAAGCUUCCACCACUCUUCAAACAGCUGCUGAGGCCGGGGACGAGCAGGGUUAAAC